CCCCCCGCCCCGAGAAACCCACUUUUCCUCUUCUUAUCUCUCCUCUCUUUUUCCCUUCCCUUCGCCGCUGCCCCGCCUCUCGCUGCCGACCGCCGCUGCAUCCUCCAUCUCCGCCGUCUCUCGCCGCUGCACACCCCUCCCUCUGCCGCCGCACAGCCUCCUCUUGAGACCAGAUCAGACAUUCAAAGCCCAGCAAUUUCUCUAUCAGAUUCUCACGUUCUCUGAUUCAAUCGUCACUUUGGUCGUGAACAGGCAGAUAUCAGUUACACAGAUUAGUGGUGGCGAGGCCGAGCUCCGGCUCGAGCCCGAGCUCAGGUCGAUUGCAACCCACUACUAGUAAACCGCAAUUGAUGUUUCGACUUUCCAGAACGCCUCACAGUCCUCGCACGCUGUUUCGAUUCCGGCCGGCGAUUAUUAACUCUGUCACCGUAGAACGUCGCCGGUUUUCUUCCGUUCAUCGCCAUAGGGAAAUCAUCCUGUGAGGCACAGAAUCAUCUCUUCUACUUGUGGCACCUCUCUCUCGAGAAGGAUAAGAGCUGCAUAAUCUUAAGUUUAGCUCUAUUAAUCGGAUUGAACUCACUUGAUCUUCAAUUGCUGAAAAGCUGUUGGCCCAAUUGUGAAAGAUUAGGAGAAAAGUGGUAAAGAAAUGAAGUUUUGGGACUGGUAUUUGAAGAUAGCUGUUGGGUCAGCCUUGGUUGGAGGAUGCAUGGAGUUGUUCAUGAUCAAAACUGGCUUCUAUGAUAAGGUAACUGUUCUGGAAUCCGAGAAGAGAGCGUGGGAGAGUUCCCUCGAAGCUCAAGCCAUCAGAGAAGCUCUCAAUCCAUGGAGGAAUCAGGACACAGAGUCGAGAAAAGACACCUGAGAUUCUUUGGAUUUUUCUAGAGAAAGGUUCAUGCUUCCUUUCAGGAGGUUAGAUUUACCAUGCACAAGAUGGCACAGAAACAUGCCUGAAAUCAAUUAUGAAACUUUUGAAGUGCUGUAGUUGGCUGAGGCCUCUUUACAGUCUGAUCAGGAGGUAGGUUUGCUUUUGGCAAUUGGAAUCUUUCCGGCAUUGCCUAGUUAUGAAUUUAUUUUUUGGGGAGGAUCGCAAAUUCAGUGGAAAUGAAUAGGGCACCUCUUAGUUUUUCGGUUCAA